AUGUCGGCAGCCUAUGAAUCAGCAGAACCUCUUCGCAGUAAAACCUCCACGCCCAAGUAUGACACUCCAGAUGCAUCGAGCAUCACCACCUGGCCAGCAGCAUUAAAACAUGUCACUCGCCAUCUCGUCCCCAACGAGAAGGUCGCAAACCGGGUCAAACAUCUGAUUAGGGAGCAACACAAGCACGAGGAAGAAUGGUGGGCAGGUCGUGAAGCUAUCGUUGAACGACAGCAGGGGAGGCCAGGCACUUCGCAACAAGUCUCGGCUAUAUUGAAGUCACUUGGAGCCAACGUGCCGGUCGUUACGAAAGAACCGUCGUUGCCAGAUGCCGCACAGCGAAAAGCGAACGAAGCAGAACUCAGAGCCUACGAUGAGAAAGUCUACAAGGCAUUGUGUGCUAUGACUGCGGAUUUCGACAGACAGCUCAGGGAAAUGGGCGUCCCAUUCUAUGCUAUUAAGCAUGAAUUGGUGAUUAUGAAGGAUGGACCCGAGGAGAACCCUGGCCAGCACAAAGGCAAAAUCGAUAGGGGGGAGCUGAGAGAGUUGCAGAAGAGGAUGUGUCAGACUUUGGAGGAUCUGUUCGGGGAUGGAGAAUGA